UAGCAUUCUGCUUACUUUGCAGUAAGAUUCAAGCACAUUGCCCAGACAGGGCUCCCACAGAGGGCCCCAUAGACCCGUUCAGGCUUCAGCAUCGUAUCGUCUGGCCUGAGCCUGCCUGCAAAACAAAGCCAUCCGACAUCCAUACCCUGGACCUUUGCAUACACCCUCUCCACUCGACGGCUACGGCGCAGAGCACUACUCAGUACAGAAGAACUCCUGCUGGUCGAGUGAACACCAGCACGACAGUACUGUACCCUACACUCACUUCCACGACCUCCCUCAUCCAUCUCCAUCCUCCACCUCACCUCACCCUCGCAUCGUCCGUCAAGGCGAGAGCAGCGAUCUCGACAGCCACCUCUCCUUCGUCCCGUCUAUCUUUGAUUUGAGUUGCUCUUUGACUUUGCCCCUCAGUGAAAGUCCCGUUGUCCAGCCGCCCCGGUCCAACCAGCGUUCAAGGUCUCGAGGGGUGGUCAUUGUCAUCGGCAUCGGCAAGGGGCUUUCGCUUCGUACCCGCAUUGACAAAGGAAUCUUCACAAUUCCAUCCACUAUCCGCCCUCCUGCACUGCUCACUUGCCUCGACCGCAUUUCUUCUGGAAACACCGUCCAAUUCAGAAAUUUGUCUGUCAGUGAGUCUCCUUUUUCGCCCAUCUCCUUCCGGCCUAUGGCUAUGGAAAACCUUGGAUUGCACCAACUCCAACGGGCAUCGUGAACUGCGGAAAGAUCGCUAACCCUGCCAGAACCAUCAGAUUCACCUUUCGGCAGUGCCCUGGUCCAUCCCAUCCCAUUUCCACUCUCGACUGCCAUCUCCUCUGAUCAACCCUUCAUGCCGCCCACCUAAACACCCAUCUCACUACCCCCCAUUCGUACUGCCUGGCUGGCGGUUAGAAUCUACAAGCCAUGGCCCAAAUGAGCGAAGAUACCCUCGCCGCCGCGAGCGCAAUCCUGAAGAGCAUUGCGACGAACAACAAUUUCGAUUCGACACAAUCCGGGAGUCGUCUGAAUCUUCCAGGCCCUACCACAUCGGCAAAACGCCAGCUUGAGGCAGAGCUUUCGGCUCUGGUUUCAAGAGUGCAAAGAUUAGAACAGAAAGCCAAUGUCAUUAAUCACCAGACCCUACCGAUUACACCAAGCGAACUAGGCGCCCCAUCGGGCUUUGCUGAUGUUCUCACGGGCGGACAGAAGAAACAAAACACCUCGAAACAUCCAUCACCCAAUCCUUCCAACAAUUCUCGCGAGGCUCUGAACGAUGAGAGACCACAGAAGCUGGCCAAGACUUGCAGUGAUGAGACUCUCCCCGAAGCUGCCUUUGAAAAGGUCCUCGACCAGGCCGCCCUCAUUCAAAAAGGAAAGCACGAAUACGAGGCCCUCAAACAGAAAUGUGUCGAAAUCCAGCGAGAACAAGCACAGAAGAACCGCGAAGAGUUGGAGCGUGUUGAAACCCUGGAGCGUGAACUCAAAAAGCACCAGCAGGCAAAUGAGGCUUUCCAGAAGGCUUUACGGGAGAUCGGAGAGAUUGUCACUGCUGUUGCUAAGGGUGAUUUGAGUAAGAAGGUUUUGAUACAUGCCAAAGAGUUAGAUCCUGAAAUCAGCAAGUUUAAAAUGGUACGGAAAAUUCGAGUCGCUUUCAUACUUGACCCUACUAACCAAAAUUGAUGUUUAGGUUAUCAACACUAUGAUGGAUCAACUACAGAUUUUCUCCAGCGAAGUUUCCCGGGUGGCAAGAGAAGUCGGCACAGAAGGAAUACUAGGCGGCCAGGCACAAAUUGUCGGUGUCGACGGCACAUGGAAAGAACUUACCAACAAUGGUGAGCAAUAUUUCUUGUCAAGAUGAUGAAGAGCUAGCAAGCGCCGGCAACGCUGCAGCCGGAUUCGUUAUUUUGUGUUCGGAGAGCUAACAAUUCAUAGUCAAUGUUAUGGCGCAAAAUCUUACGGAUCAGGUGCGGGAGAUCGCUUCGGUCACAACUGCUGUUGCACACGGAGACUUGACACAAAAGAUUGAGAGACCUGCUCAGGGUGAGAUACUACAGUUACAACAAACGAUCAAUACCAUGGUGGAUCAGUUGAGAAAGUUUGCUUCAGAGGUUACUAGAGUAGCAAGAGAUGUCGGCACCGAAGGUAUUCUUGGUGGACAGGCUGAGAUUGAGGGCGUCAAAGGCAUGUGGAAUACACUGACUGUGAAUGUCAACGCCAUGGCCAAUAACCUCACCACGCAGGUCCGGGAUAUAGCUAUGGUUACCACCGCAGUGGCCAAGGGAGACUUGACACAGAAAGUACAAGCUGAGUGUAAAGGAGAGAUCAAACAGCUCAAGGAAACUAUCAACUCCAUGGUGGACCAGCUUCAACAAUUUGCUCGAGAAGUCACAAAGAUUGCCCGAGAGGUCGGUACUGAAGGUAGACUUGGCGGACAGGCUACGGUGCAUAAUGUUGAGGGUACAUGGAGAGACCUGACCGAAAAUGUUAACGGCAUGGCCAUGAAUCUCACCAAUCAAGUGCGUGAAAUCGCAAAGGUCACUACGGCGGUGGCCAAAGGUGACUUGACAAAGAAGAUUGGCAUUCCAGUACAAGGGGAAAUCGCUUCAUUGAAGGAUACCAUCAACACCAUGGUUGACCGACUGGGCACCUUCGCAUUCGAGGUUAGCAAAGUCGCCAGAGAGGUCGGAACCGACGGCACCCUUGGUGGACAAGCUCGUGUUGAAAACGUGGAAGGCAAGUGGAAAGACCUCACCGAAAAUGUCAAUACUAUGGCCAGCAACUUGACCUCCCAAGUUCGGGGGAUCUCUACGGUUACGCAAGCGAUCGCCAACGGUGAUAUGAGUCAAAAGAUUGAGGUCGAGGCAGCUGGUGAAAUUCUGAUACUCAAGGAGACAAUAAACAACAUGGUGGAUCGCUUGAGUAUAUUCUCCAAUGAAGUCCAGAGAGUUGCCAGAGAUGUUGGCGUUGAUGGCAAGAUGGGCGGUCAGGCUGACGUGGCUGGCAUUGGCGGUCGAUGGAAAGAAAUCACUACUGGUAAGUAAAGGGGAACCUUGGUGUGCAUGUUUUCAAAUCAGAAGGCUAAUAAUAUUCCCAGAUGUCAACACUAUGGCUAUGAACCUGACCGCUCAGGUGCGAGCUUUUGGAGAUAUCACCAACGCCGCCACCGAUGGAGACUUUACAAAACUUAUCACUGUUGAGGCAUCUGGUGAGAUGGACGAACUGAAGAGGAAGAUUAAUCAAAUGGUUUUCAAUCUAAGAGACUCAAUUCAACGAAACACGGCUGCUCGAGAGGCUGCAGAAUUCGCUAAUCGAACCAAGUCGGAAUUCUUGGCAAACAUGUCUCAUGAAAUUAGAACUCCAAGUAAGUCAUGACUUCCUUUCCGACACACUCCAUAGGAAUUGCAUUCCCAUCGCCGUACAUUAGCUAAUAGUUUGAUUUUAGUGGUAAUGCACCUCUUUCUUUCUUCAAAUCCCCAUCUUGGGUGUUACCACUACCAAUUCCCAUUGAUUCUCAACUAUCUUUUGCUGACCUCAACCCCUUCCCCACCUUUUCCUUUUUUCCUUCUCCUAUUUUUGAACAGAAUUUGCUUACAUCACUUGUCGCUUGAACCUUCGCUAACAGUUUUAACAGAAUGGCGUAAGUUAUCUCACCCCUUGGUACUUGAAAUAAGAGCUAACAGUUGCAUAG